AUGCACAUCUGGGUCGUUUCUUACGAUCCCACCAGUGUUUCAGAUGAUCUCUACCAACAAGCACUGGUCCUCGUCGAUGAAGUAUCUCAAGCUCGCAUCAAGCGCUUUUAUCGUCGAGAGGACGCGUGCAGAUGUCUGAUCGGUCGUCUGCUUCCUCGGAUGAUGCUCAAGUCCCGAGGCUUGUACACGGACGAUGUCACUUUCUCCGCUACCGAGACCGGAAAACCAUACAUAGUAGCUCCGGGCAUCACGCCUCCCAUCGCAUUCAAUAUCUCUCACGAUAAUGGGAUCGUAGCCAUGGCAUACGGCGAGGGAGACCGAAGCCAUGCUCCGGAAUACCGAAUAGGAAUCGAUGUCAUGAAAGUCGAACUGCCCAGGAGAACCGUCCUUAAGGACUUUAUAGAAAGUGUCAGCGACCAGCUGACUCAAGCCGAACGCCAUCUCCUCCGCAGCCCGGACGGAGGACUGGCUCUGAGAUACUUUUUCAACAUAUGGACCAUGAAGGAGGCGUAUACGAAGGCCCUGGGAUUGGGACUCGGUUUUGACUUCCGUCGUCUGGACUACGACGUGCCGAAUGGCGUGCUCAAGGUCGACGGCAAAGAUCCGGACGGAUGGGAGUUUAUGACUUUCGAUUUACCCUCAGAGACCGGCGUGGCCGCGCUUCAUGUUGGCGUCGUCGCACGGUUUCACGGCAAGGAGGGGAGCGUCAUGAGGCACGUUGGCACGGAUACCGAUAUUCUGCAGCGAUUCGAGGCAGCUUCAUUCCUUAAGAAUGCAUUACUAGAGCUCGGUAGAGAUUAA